CCCUUCUCAAAGCCCAAGAAGUGCCGUUUCCCGUCCUCUUAUCCACUCGCUCUCUCCCCCUCUCCCUCGGUGACGCUCCCCAGUCUCCCACCUAUGGCGGCGACCAUCCCCUCGAACGGCCUCUGCGCUUCCGCCUUCCUCACCGCCGAUCAUCCCCUCCGCCGCCGCCUCGCGGCCUCCGUCGCGUUCCCUCUCCACCGGAGGGCCGCGUCGGCGACGGCGGUGCGAGCGGCCUCUUCCUCCAAGCCUGCCUCGGGGGCGGGAGCGAGGCCAGCGAGGGGCAUCACCAAGCCCCGUCCCGUCUCCCCUGCAAUGCAGGCCCUCGUCGGCGUGCCGGAGAUCCCCCGCACCCAGGCGCUCAAGCUCAUCUGGGCUUAUAUUAAGGAGCACAACCUCCAGGAUCCAGAGAACAAAAAGAUAAUUGUUUGUGAUGAGAAGCUCAAAGCCAUUUUUGGUGGGAGAGACCGUGUUGGGUUUCUCGAAAUAUCAGGCUUGAUUAAUCCUCACUUUUCAAAGUGAUUAUGUCAUACGCAAGAAGGUAGAUUUUGGUGUAUAGAUAACUGUAGGCUUAUGACAAGUUUCUUGUUGGACCACGCAAGAUGUGAGGUCUUUUUUGUCUGAUAGCAUGUAUCUGUGGUGUAUCAAUGACCUAAAAUGUAGUAUUUGUUCUUCAGAAUUAAGUUGAACUGCUUAACAAUUUUCUACUGUUGGGUCCUAUGUUGUUUAGGGUUCUUAGUGCUCUCUGUUGGUUUGUUGGUGUUACAAGUUUUUGCUUGAGAACACUUUGUACAACCUCAAUCCUUUCUCU